UGGCGCCGCGGGGAUCGCUUGCAGGCGGGCGUGGGGAUGAGCCGUCGGCGGGGGCUGAGGGUGUGAAGCCUCCGCUCUCUCUCCGGGCGGAAUGGAGCCUGCUGCGGAGGAUGGGUGUUAUGAGGAGGCGGAGGAGGUGAACUGCUACGACUUCGAGCCCCUGCCGACGUUGCUGGAGGACGAGGAGAAUGUGUCCCUUGCUGAUAUUUUGUCACUGCGAGAUAGCUGUCUUAAAGAGCAAGAUAUUUGGGCAAUUUGCCUGGAGUGUUGCCAUUCUCUGAAGAGCAUUGCCCAUUCUGCAAUCUUCCAGACUCUUUGCAUCACUCCCGACACUCUAGCUUUUAACACCAAUGGCAAUGUAUGCUUCAUGGAACAACUCAGUGAUGAUCCAGAAGGUGCCUUUGUUCCACCAGAAUUUGAUAUCACCGGUAACACUUUUGAGGCACACAUCUAUUCCUUGGGUGCCACAUUGAAAGCAGCUAUUGAAUAUAUAGUAGAACCAGAGACAGAAUCGGAAUUUGGGCAAGAUCUGCAUACUCUCUUGGAACAAAUGCAAGAGGAGAAUCCUGAAAAUAGGCCAGAUAUUGAGAGUAUUUUGUCAUUAUGUGAGGAAAAACUGAAGAUUGCUUCAUCAAGUAGUAUUUGUCGAAGCCUGUCUGCUGUUGGAAGAAGGGUUCUUUCAAUUGAAUCAUUUGGUGCUUUUCAAGAUGCCUGUGAUAACAUGUGGAAAGGAAGAGUGUUUCAGAAAAGUUUGGGAUCUAAAUUAUACUCAAAUGAGAGAUACAACAUAGGUGAUUCAUCUGCAGCAGAAGAUGUAGCAGCUACUUGUCAUAAAGACUCUUCUGUAGUUCCUGUGGUGACUGGCAGAGAAAGUAGCUUAAAGGAAAUGCAAAUUGAUCUGGAUAAUGAAAAAACUCAACAUUCUCUACUUGCAACUGAAGAGAAAAAGAGCAAAGAGGACAAACAUGCAGUAUAUACUGAUGGUUUUGCUAGUGUUGCUUUGGAUAUAAAAUCAUGUGUUAAUGACCUGGAGAGAGAUGGCGUUUUUAAGAAGGGUUCUUUGAGAAAAAUUAAAACUUUUCCAAAGCUGCCACUUGAACCUACAGAAACAAAUCACUUUUUUACAUCUGUAACCAGCAGUGGACCAAUAGAUAGGAAAAAUCACUUGCUUAUGCAUGAGUCGCUACCUCUAGACAAUAAUAAUGAGGUUGGUUUUUCUAAGAGAAAUCUUAAUUCACUUGCUAUUAGUAGUCCAUCAAAAACAGAACCAAAGCAUCACCAGGUUACUGAUCUUCAGUUAGAGGCUUCUUGUGUGCGUACACAAGUGUCUGGCAUGAAUCUAGAAGAACACAUGUUACUUAUUAAUGGUAAAAAGAUAGGUUUUAUUUCAUCUGAUCAUAAAGAAGACUGUUCUGAUGCUACCUCUGAAGUGUCCAAUACAACUGGUAUGCUAAAAAGCCCAAAUCAAUCAAUUACUGGAGUAAAAAAGCUAGACAAUUACAUGGCGUUGGAAGACUGUACUGAAACUUUUCAAGGGUCAAAUGAAAAUUCCUUAUCACACUUUAACAAGAUGACUUCAGUUUUAACAACAAAACCCAGUGGGAGCAGAUAUGGAUCAAACCUAAUUAGGUCUCCAGAAUUAAGCAGCGGUGCAUUGAGCGCAAACAAUAAUGAAGAUAAUCUUUGUGGAGGCAGAGGGUCAGAAAUCAGAAGUAAUGAGCAGUGGAUUUCUCUAAAACUCCUGUUAUCCUGGUAUGGUAAGCCUCUGAAGGACCAUGAACUCUGGGCUUUAUGUCAUGAAUGUUUAAGGACUUUACACACUUGCACAGAUUAUCCAGUGAUCUUAUGUUUGGACACUGUACUGCUGGACUGCCAUGGAAGAGUCCUCUUUACUGCUCCAAAAGCGGAAGAAUCUUGUGAUAUAAUUUAUUUAGCUCCUGAAAUUGAAGAGGAGGAUGUAGAUACUGAAAAGGUCUGCAUUUAUGGUGUUGCUGCAGUUCUUUGGAUGGCAGCAAAAUUCAGCAUUUCACCUAAUCACAAACUGGCCUUGCCAAGAAAAUUAAAAAACCUUCUUCUGAAUAUGGCAAAAAAAAAUCCUGAAGAAAGACCUUCUGUAGCUGAUGCAAUUAAGACAUGCAGUCAUUAUUUACUUGAACGAGGAGUAAACAGCAAAAAUAUUUUGGCAUUGUUGAAUAAAUCUGUUUUUAAGGCUGUUGCAGAGGAUGUAAUCUCUUCUCCACAUAAUGUAGCUUUUGAAAUUGAAAAUGAAAGACUUGAAAUGAAUGCUUCAGAGUCAAGUCUAGGAUUUAUACCUAUUACCGGUGAAAGUAAACUUAUCGCAGUUAAAGGACCAGUACCAUGCCAGAUUUCUCUAAACUGUGAGAAAACUGCAUUACCUGUUGCAUUCACCUCUUCUGCAACUCACUUUAAGCCUAUCAUUCUGCAGCAAAAUGCAAAUAUGAAAAAGGAAGUUCACACACCAGCUACUGAAAAAUUCAAAGAAAAGUCGAGUAAAGAAAAAUGCAUUGAUUACAACAAAUUAGGAUAUGUAGAAGGCUCUAAAAACUGUGGUAUCAAGGACACAAAUGUAGUUGAAACUACAUCUGAAAUACCUGAGUGUCAUUUACAAGUUCCAGGCCAUCCGUUCCAGAUGCCUUUAGAGAAGGAAAAGUCAGGCGAUAUAUUUACUUCUGAUCCCUCACGUAUUCCACAGGAAAGAAAAAUUUUAUCUGAAGUUCCUUCAAGCUCCUUAACUUCUCUUAUAUCUCCUAAUUCUCUUCAUAUAAAUAACAUCAUUCUCAAACAGAAUUCAGAGAAAAGAGUUUUAACAUUUGUACCAGUACACUUAGCUGUAUCAGAGCAAAUACCAAAUAAGCCUCUUCAUUCAAGGGUUGCUGCUGAUUGCUCUCAUAGUUUGCCAGUGCUACUUUCAAGUACUAUUGCAAGUUACAAACUCAGCAUGCAAACAGAAAAUGACUCCUCGCUACUCAAAGUACAAAACUGUAAGACUAUUAAUACACAGAAUGCAUUUGAAAAAACUAACCAAGUUGUUCAGACCAACUGCCAAGAUAUCGAGGGUGCUACCAACACAAGCAAUAUUUUCUCUGAGCAAGGAUUCACUUCUUGUACCUCAGUGGAUGGAGAGGCGGCUUGUGUCUUUGAUGUAAAAGUCCUGUCCCAACAGAGCAGAACAAAUGACGCUUUGUUGCAGGAAGUGGUUCAUCUAAUACAAGAGGAGUUUGCCUUUGAUGGCUAUCUAGAGAAUGGAGUUGAAGUUUUUGAUAUGGGUAACUUCAUUUUAGCAUUAAAGGAAAUUAAGUUUGGUACAUUCUCUGACAAAAUUUGUGAGAAGUUCUGUGACCUAUACUGGGAUGAAAAAUUACUGGAGAAUCUUUAUCAAGUAGUAAAUGGAGAAAGAGUUUCACCUCUAUGCAUAACUGAGGCAGAUGACUCAAAGUGUGGUGGUGUAUUCCAAGAUCUGAAGAAAUCUGACAGCUUUUUGGCAAGCAGUGAUUACACAGAGGGAGAAGGAGAAGCUACCUUUGACAUGAAGGAUGAGCUUAUGAUAAAUACAUCAUUAGCUGAAAUGAAUUUUAAUGAGGCGCCCUCAGAUAAUUUCAAAAAAGAGUCAAGUCUGCAGAAUACUAUUCCUAUAGAAAAAGAUGGACAGUGUUUGCAAACCAAUGGCUACCAUGUUGGUCCAGACUUUGCAGAAGAAAAUGCAGAGCCUGAGGAAGAGACUGUAAUAAAGACAGCUGAAAACAGCUACCUUGUGCCUCCCAACCCACCUGAUUUUCAUGGCUGUAGUCCUGGUUGGAGCAGUGCAUUUUAUGGAGCUGAAUGUUUUGAUUCAGAAGUUCAUAGUUACAUGAAAAACCUUGGAAAGCAGAAAUCAAAUGAAUCACAAAGUAUAGAUGCUAAAAAAGUGGAACUAGAACAAUUACUAAUGAUGGAGACCAAAAAUUACAGAAAGACCAUGAAGUUUUACCAGAAACUAUUGCAGAAAGAAAGAAGAAACAAAGGUCCUGAAACUAAAUCUAUGUUGCCCAAGUUGAGAGGACAACUACAAGAGAUGAAAUCAAGGGUGCAGUUUCUUGAAUUGGUGAAGAAGUAUGUGCAGAUAAUGUAUGCAGAACAAUGGGGUGUGGAAUCCAGUGUACUUCCUACCAUCAUUCACUUCGGGAGAACUGACACCAUGGAUGUGGCUCCUACAGAUGAGUCAUCAAUGCUUGUUUACUAUAACACAGAGAAACACAAGUGCAGUAAUCACAAUGGAAUAAAAGUUCUGCAGGCUGGGACACCACUUGGUUUAAUGGCUUAUUUAUAUUCUAGAAAUGCAUUUUUAGAAGGCUAUGUGCAGCAGUUUCUCUACACGUUUCGCUAUUUCUGCACACAAGAGGAAUUUUUGCAGUUUAUUCUUGAUCGAAUUAGCAGCACUUUAUCCAGCGCAAGCCUGGAUCCCUCCUCAUCACUUACCAAAAUAUGUAACCGCAGUUUCUACAUCCUGCAGGCUUGGAUUGAAGACUGCUACAAUGUAGACUUUGCAACAAAUGCGAGCCUUUUAUGUACCCUGAAAGAAUUUAUUGCUUCCAAGGUUGCUCCAUUAAAUGGGUAUGGUGAGCACUUUUUGUCAUUGCUUGAGGAUGCUUCUGCCAGGAAAAGUGGAAGUUCUCAGCAGUGCUCCAGUAUGGAGAAAGGUGAAGAGGAAGAGGAGGAGGACAGAAAAACAUUACACUCCAUAUGUAAAAAGCUCUCAGAAGAUAUGUUCAGAAAGAACUUUAACUGGAAACUUUCCAAAGGUAUGGGACCAAUUGCACAUUAUCAGAGAGAGCGACUGUACACUAUUUCAUCGGUUUUGCCAAAGCCAUGCUAUAGCAGUUUUACAGAAGAAUUCCCAGUCUCCUUUGCUAAAGCAGAUGAAGUGGGACCAUAUCUUUUAACAGAAUACAGUGUGCAACAGCUUUGUUGUCAGCUGACAUUACUGCAACAGGAAUUAUUUCAUAAAUGUCAUCCAGUACACUUUCUGAAUUCAAGAGCACUUGGUGUUAAAGAUAAAUGUGUUGCUGUACAGAAAGCCGUUUCUACUGAGGAAGUUUCCUUUAAAGUCUGUAAUCUAUUUCUAUCAAAGUGUAUACAAGACCAGUACCUUAUACAAUUACUAAGAAAUGCAGACAGUGUCAGCACCUGGGUUGCUGCUGAAAUUGUAACAUGUCAUACAUCUAAGAUGCAGGUGAGCUUGUUAUCAAAAUUUCUUCUCAUAGCAAAGUCCUGCUAUGAACAAAGAAAUUUUGCUACUGCGAUGCAAAUCCUAGCAGGCUUGGAAAAUCUUAUUGUACGACAGUUGCCAGCCUGGAAAAUUUUACCUGCAAAAGUAGCUGAAAUAAUGGAAGAACUCAAGGCUGUUGAGGUCUUUCUAAAAAGUGACAGCUUGUGUUUAAUGGAAGGAGAAAGAUUCAAAACACUUCCAACAAUUCCAUCAGCCCAUGUUUUAGCUAUGCAUGUCCAACAACUUGAAACUGGAGGAUUCACAAUGACAAAUGGAGCUCACAAGUGGACUAAACUUAGAAAUAUUGCUAAAGUUGUGAGCCAAGUUCAUGCUUUUCAAGAGAAUCCUUAUACAUUUACACCAGAUUACAAGCUGCAGUCUUACCUCAGACAAAGAAUAACUCGUUUUAAGGAUGCAGAUAUUUCUGCUUUGGCAGCUGACAACUGUGCCAACUUCCAUCAUAUACCAGCAGAAAAACAUUCUCGGAAAAUCCAGGACACGCUGCGCAGAAUGAAGGCAACAUUUCAGUAACUAUUUAAAUUUCAUCUGUUCUAUUCCAAGUAUAGAGUAUAAAACAGGAUUAAAUUGACUUUACUUCCUGAACCAAUUCCCAAGCAAAUGCUUAAGUGAAGUGACUUUAAAUAUUGUCUCAGUUUGAAAUGGGUAUAUUACUUAAUGUGAAAUAGUAAAAAAGCUGACCAAUUCUGUGAUUCUAAUGAAGUAUGAUUCCUUGGCAAGUGGAUAAAGGUAAAAGUAAAGAGAGACUAAUUUUGUCACUGUCCUUUUGCAUAAAAAAAUAAUUAGCCUACAUGCAAAAUAUCUGAAAAGUACUGUGGAAGCAAGUUAUGCUUGCAGCUUCUGUUGCAAAAUUGGCCUAGAAUUGUUCAGACUAUGUUUCAUUAAAUGUUGAAUAUAUUUUUAUAUAAACAAAGUACAUUUGUAUCCUGUCACCGUGUGCAUAUAAUUCAGGGACACCUCUGCUAUCUGUUGCCUGUUGGUGGUUUUUACUUUUAUGUUGAGUAUUAUAAAAACAUGUUUGACAUAAUAACUGGCUAUCAUUUCAUUCAAGCAUACUAUGAAAGCAGAAGAAUACCAUGUGAAUUUUUUUUUCUUUUGAUUUUACUGUCACUGAACUAACCUGUAUCCACAUGAAAGUACACAUUCAUAUUUCCACGUGAAUCUAAAUAUUACCACUUUGUUGCUUUGCUGCUGCCUCCAUGGUGUUGUGAAGAGAGUAAACAUGAGUUGCUCUUUUUCUGUGUUUGGUACAAAAAUCGCUUUGCCAGUUGUGUAUGUAUGUAUGUAGGCACAUCUUUGCUCCUGAGGUUGCUCUUGUAAAUUGCAGUGCUCCAGCAGCAUUAAAUAGAAUAUAACUGUAUUAA